CCGGCUCACUUGGAUGGAUUUAGUCGUGUCACGGACUACUGAGAGAGCAGAUUGGACGUACGCGCGCGCCUUUCGUCUACAGAUGAUUGGAGCGUCCUUCUAGCUGUGUCCUCCUAACAGUUCUUUGUUAGUUUUGUCGUGGUCCGGCGGAACGAGAUUGCCGAUGCGUGGUGCUCGUUAUCUGGUCUUUAGUGGUGCAGGAUAGCAGUUCGUGUUUUGGAAAAAAAAUACUGAAGAGAAUGGUGUCUAUCUUUCAAAUUUAAAGGAAAAGAGACAGUGAUAUUUUAUCAUCAUGCAGAAGUUCUAAUGUAUUUAGAUCGACGAAAAAUUCAAAGUUCGUUCAAUCUAUAUUCAAGCAAGAAAAAUCUUCAAUCGCUUAACGGAGCUCGAAAAUAGCUUGUCUAGGUGCAGUGAAUGGCACGGCACAGUGAAAGUGAAGCAAAAAGUGACAUAUCCAUUUAACCGAAAGAAGUCUUGAUUUGAUUUCGGCCAGGUUACGUGAUCGUCCCCACGAGUGCAGUUAAAAUAGAAACCAAUUGCCCAGUCUUUUAGGAUUUUCCUGAAAGGAUACAACACGGCCUUGUUGUGUUCUGGGUGCAUAGACGGUCGAAACCGUCGUCUGUUGCAUAAACCCGUUUGUCCUUCAUCAAACGCAAAAUAACAGGUUGACAUUCUAGACGCGAGCUGAUUCCGUUAUAUUUAUAAUAUGCGAUCGAAAAUGGCCCAGCAAAUCAACACGAAUAAUAAUGGUGGACAACACCACAGCAACAAUUUGAGCACCUUCAUUGACCACAAAAUCGAGGCUCUGCAGGCCAAAUGGAACAAGACGAAGCCGGAAAUGAAGAACAGAACCUUGGAAAAGGAAGCAUUCUUCGAGAAGUUCGGAACGCUGCUCAAACAGCAGAGCAGUCAAUUUUUGCUGCAAACCAAGCGCGAAGUAGCGCCCCAUGAUGAAUCGUCCAGUGAUACCCAGGAGCUGUUCGGAGCAGCCACGACGGCAGCGACAGCGGUAGCAAUUGGUCACUCUCAGAUCAAGUUCAGCAACAAAGGGACGACGAUCAAUCCACCUGCAGGUGCAAGUGUCAACGCCAAUGGGAUGGCCCACGCAGCAGGAACAGCAGCAGCGGGGACAAAAGAUGCAACCAGUGAUACAGAAGCAUUCGAAGACCUCUACGAAAAGGUCCUGAUGGAAAUAAUCAACGGCAACUUUGGCAAACAGGACAUUUCAGAGAAAACGUUGUUCACUUACGCCCAAGAGGUGUUCAAAGUAAAUGAAAAAACUCACGAUGAAAUACUGAAACGCGCCCGAUUUAAACCAACGUCGGAGGUCUAUCUUAAGGUGGAACUGAUUGAAGCUAAGCUCAACGAGCGUCCUAAUAUGAGUGCUGCUUUCAAUCCGUUUGUCGUGAUGUACCUGCAAAGCGGAUUACCUGAUCGAUUACGUAGUUCGAUUCGGGAGGCAACCACUAAUCCUGUGUGGAAGGAGUGCUUUUCACUGCCAGCGAGCGACGGAAGCCGAGAAAAUUUGAUCCUUGAAAUCUUUCAUCAUGAUUGUAAGAUGACCAAGGUUAAAAAGACCAUCCGAAUGUGCCAAAAGCAUGCUCUCAGUUGUGUUAGGCCAAGAUCUUCGUUUCAGAAAUUGAUCGGACGAACCAGCAUCCCAAUAGAAUCAAUCAGUUCCUCCGGCUUGGUCAUGUGGUACACCCUGAACAAAAAGAAACGAACAGAGCCCCAAGGCACGGUCAAACUAAAAUUUCAUUUCAGCUCAGCUCAGAACAAAGCCAACGCCUUACGCGAACAUGAGGCGCUGACCAAAAUGUUUCUCGAGUAUGAACUUAACAGUUCCAGUGUGGCGAGGUACUGGUGGGCCGGCAAGUUUACCACAGCGGGCGACGCUAUCCUGAAGCAGCACGCAAUUUGCGCAGAUCUAACCGAAUGCGAGAAAGUACUUACCUACUGGAACGUCUACACGACGGUGCACGUGACUUAUCCGAUUGCGUUCGGGCUGUUUGAGAAUUUGUUGGAAAAAGUGUGCUCAUUCAUCAAAACCGGAUCACUCAGCACAGAAGGAGAGGACAUCAAACGGUUCUGGGCGGGUGCAAGAUCAUUGUUGCCAUCCUGUUACGCUGUGAUAAUUAAGCUUAGAAAACGCAUUGCUGGUGACAAAGAUAUCGUCAAGACUGUGAUCUCCGUUCUGCACAUUUUGGCCAAAGUGGACAGUAUCAGAACAUCGUGUGAUGGGCCACUUUUCCAACCAGAGAAAUACGAACAUUUCAAGCACAAGCUCGAACAGAAUCCGGAAAUUUCAAUACGAGAUGUGACGCUAAUGGCAGUACGGACGGGCGCAAAAACAUGGUUCGACCAAGCAGUUACAAGUUCCACCAAGGCGAAUUUUUCGGAUGAAGAAAAAUUACAAAACUUUAUCCAGCUCAUACAACUACUGCAAAGUGAUAUCACCCGGGCCAAAACCUAUUACGAUGGAUCGUUCAAAAGCAUCACGGAUAUCGAAUAUACCAGGGAAGUUUGCAAACAACACGAAUGCAGCAUUGUGUGCCAUAUAAAACCAUCGGUCGAGAAAAUUUGCAAGACUUUCAAAAAGUUAACCAUUCGUUUGGAUCAACACAACCGAGUCGGGGAAAUGGAUGCACUGGACAUGAGUUCAUCGCUUUUCGAGCUGUACAUUGUGGUUAAGCUGUUUAUAGCGGAAACUGACAAGGAGCUGAAACAGGCUCACAAUGCGGACAUUGUUAACUUUCACGUCUGGUUCGUUGGCGGAAUAUCAUACUGGUGUGAUGUAUUCGCGCUGAAGGCGUUAGCCCGUUUAAGCCAGGCCAUCGAUGUGGACGAACUCCAACCCGAGCUCGGAAUUGCACCGAGGCAGUCUUCCUCGGCGGCAGAAUUUUUGAAUAUAGUCCGCCAGAUCAAAACAUUUUGGGAGCAGCUCGCAUGGCCGGACCCUCAGGAAUUGAAUCGAUUUUUAAAGCGAAGCAUUGGGGAUAUCUGUAGCUGCUGUAUUUACUAUGCCGAUCGAAUAUCAUUGAAACUGAAACAACAGCCCGCAGAUAGUAAAAAACAACCCGACAUGUCGACGGCAUUGGAACUCAUCCGGAAGUGCAUCCUCGUUAACUCAAACCUUUCGAUCUUGAUUGAUACGCUUAUCGGGCUCCCCAAGGCUCUGGGCUAUUCCCUGCUUGAUGCAAACGCCAACGAAUCACCGGAUCAAAUGCUGCCGAUUUCUGGACUCAGCAGCUGGAAAACUAAAACUCUUAAGCUCAUGAUCGAUCACUGUAUGUCGAUCAUCAAAAGUAGCAUGGUCGAUUCACUGGGAAAAUUCGACCAGAUAAAGGACAACGUUAAUAAUUUUGCAACUCAGACUUCAACCUUGAUCCAGAAGGAUAUCAGUGGUGAAGACCAACAAUUUGUUAUGUGUGAAUUGUGGAAACAUCUCACGUUAGAAUUUAGCAACAUGAUUAAGAUGUGCAUUGAGAAAAAAACAUCUAUAGCAUCGUUUGCCAACUUGAAAGACUUUUAUAUAAUUAUAGCUCAAGCUUAUCUUCCGGAACUAAAAGAUGGCCAGGAAGAUUUACUGUUUGCUGAUAAGUUGCAUAACAUCGAAAAAAAUCUCACUCUUCACAGCAGCAGCACUAGAGAUCUAAUCCAUCAAUAUUACCUGGCAUGUUUGGAGGCUCAGAACCGCAUCGACGAACCCGAGAGGGGCGUUUUGAGCGUACGGUGCUACUACAGAAACGAUGCCCUCGAAAUACAGGUCAUCGCAGCUGAGAACAUAAAACUUCCACUCGAUUUCAAAGGAAGCUGUGAUUCGUACGUGAAAAUUAAUCUAGUCCCCGGGUAUCGCUUCUCAAACGUACAAAUGCCGAAAACUCGCACUAAAUCGAAGAAUCACUCACCCACUUACAAUGAAAAGUUCACGCUCAAAAUAUCUCAGGAACAAAGAGAUAUACCCGAUGCGUUAUUGGUGUUCAAUGUCAAGGUAUCGGAACUGCUUGGGAUCAGCCAGAGACAUGUAGGCGAAUGCUUCCUGCGGCUAGAUGACAUUCCCGUAUCCGGAUCGGACCGAGAUCUUCAAAGUGUCGAUGUUCAACAUCUCUUCCUCGGUUUGCCCGAAAAUAUAGAGUCUGAUUGCAUCCCUGUCCUGGAGUAUCGCCAAAACGAUAAAGAAGCAGUUCAAUUUUUUAAAAAAUUGAAACAAAAACUUGGAAAAGCAGCCUAUACCGGUAGUGUCAUUAGCAUUUUCUGAACCACAGAAAUUCAGGAAUAAAAAAUAACUGUGCAUUUACGAACAACGAUUUAUGUAGAUAUAGGUAAGGUAAUGGUCGUUCUCUUAGUUACCACGUGAAAUUAAUAAACCAUUUUUUGUAAUAA